CGCUCUGGGUAAGAGGAAACCCCUAACUGCUCCGGCUCAACCAGCUUCACACUUUUUCCUCCCUUCUUUUUCACUCACACCCUUCGGACGUGUGCAUGCUUCGGACAAGAAUGGCAGCAGCAUCUGCACAGAAAACAAACGGGCCCCUGAAAAUGUUGGUGUUUGCAUUGCUUCUCAUCGCCUCCUUGAAUGGAGGAGUCACGGCACAGGAGGUUGUAACCGGGACAGCGGCGCCUAUAGAAGUAAUGGAAUUUGUACGAGGAGACAGGGAUCCACUGACAUCAGAAGCUCCUGAGACAGGGGAUCCACAAGUCCUGGUUUUCCCCACUCUAUCUGAAGCGACUGAAGCGACAACACAGGCAGCAGCAACACCGGCAGCUACUCCAGAGGCCGUCGACAGUAACGACAGCAGCCAUGUAGCUACAGAGAAGUCAGCAGAUGAUACAUCUGAGUUCACGGUUGAGGUACAUACUGAGAUGCCCAAAACUGAGGAACCAGAGACCCCAGCCAGAGGGGAUGGCUCUGACACUUUGCCACAGCCGGUGCCAAAGGAAGAUGUUGUCUGUGUCAGCAAAGAGGCGGUCCAGGACAAAAAAUCUGUCAGUCUAAAACUCAAGGCAUCCUCCAACUGUCAAGACACAAAAAGGAAGAUUGAAAGUGUUCUGCAGGAGCUGUGUGGUGAAGACUGCAAACUAGAGAUCUACCAGGAGGACAACACAGACGAAAUCAUUGUAUCUGGGAAAUAUGUUGAAGAUGACGUUGCAGGCAUGGCUGAGAAGUUCAACAAUGACAACAUUAAAGACAAGACGGAUGUGGAGGAGGCUAGUCCUCGCUGGGGGAAGAACUCUAAGUUGGUUCUGGUUUCCUUGCUGCUGGCUGGCCUGUUGCUGGCUGCCCUGCUGGUAGCCGCUUAUUACCUCAAGACCCAUCGCAAAAACUCUAAAGGAGUCAGACUGGCUGAUACCUUCCAAGUGGAUGAGGAGAACCAGGCUAACACCCUGGUGUCCGUGGCCCCUCUACCCCAGGAGCCUGUCAACAAGCCCACCGCAAAUGGGGAGUCUCCACCAGAAAAUGGGAACAACCCCACCCCCACCAUUAACGGACACUCUGCCACCCAGACCCCGGUGGCUGACACGGAGAUGUGAAUCUCGACACCCAUGACAUCCUGUUCUACCCAUCACCCACCAGGACACACUACCCACAAGCCCCUGUACUGCCUCAGAGACUGUCAACACUGAGACAAAUUCCACCAAUUACAUUCACCUCCCCUCUUCCGUACCGCAAAUCUCAAGACAAUGAAGACAACAACGAUGAAGCUCAUGACUAUGAUGACGAUAUUGACAAUGCCUGUAAUGUGAAAAGUUAGGGAUCACUGGCCUUUGCUGGUGUCAAUAGGAGCCUACAUACGCUGUGUUUGGGACUGAGGCUGCUCAGUAGGGUACUGACUGGGAUUUGUUAGCUGCCCUGACUUCCAUCGAGUUGUACAAUCAUUGUAGAAUCCCCAAAUAAUGCCAAAUAUGUGCUGUUGAUUCAAAACAAAGAAGCAGCCAAUGCUCUAUGGUUUUAUGCACAAAUGAGGUGCAACGAAACCAUUAAAGCCAGGCAGUUGAAAGAAGAUCAGCUUUUGUACAGUUUUUAAAAAAGGACUGAUGCUCACUGCUGGAUUGUUUUAAUUUGUAUUUGUUUGUUUCAGGAAAUGUAUGUUUUCUUAUCCUUUCUAUUUGCCUCAACCUUGUUAAGACCUGUUGGAUGGGCAAAAAAAUGGAAAAGAAAAUAUCACUUUUCAAUUUACUGAAAGUUUUCUAUAUUUUCUCACAGAUUGUCCAACAGAAAAAGUAACAAAUACAAUUGCCAUUUUUGUAAAAGGAAUUGCUUAUUACCGUUCUUAACCAUUCUUUAAGCAUUAGCAAUGUACGAAAUUGAUAAAUGAAACAGCAAGCAUAUUCUUUGGUUUUAGUGAUGAUUUAACAACACUAAAAAGUUAUUCACAACAUGGAAAUGUCAGCAGAAAAGGUAUUUGCCUCAAGGUUUUAGACUGAUCAGCGUAAUGAACAACAUGACGUUUGGUCAACAUGUAGGUGGGAUAGGUUGGAAAGUACAUUUUUUUGUGAUAUUGUGGUGAUUUUCAUGAUGACAUUAGUGUACAGUUUUUGUUUUUCUAUAACACAUUCACAUUUUUACUACUCUCACUAUUGUCUUUCUAAAUGAGGAAGAGUAGCAGCAUUUUGAAAUUCAGAGAAAAAGGGAAAAACCCAGAAAAAUAAACAGAGUUUUCAAGUUGCAAAACUGAUAUAUGAAACUGCCAUUCAAUUUUGACACAACAUAAAGCAGGUUCAGCAUUCCCGAGUUCGCCUUUAUCUCCUUGUUGAUAUAAAACCAGUUUUACAUCUGUGGUACACACAUUUUCUAGCUUCUCUAUGGAACAACUGGCUGCUUUCGUAAUGUACUGCAUGUGUAAAUAAGCCUGCUUUCUCUGUUAUUAGUACCUGUGCCUGACUCAUAAACUGUGAUUGUUGACAAUA